GGCCGGUGCCGAGCCGGGGGCGCUGCGGCCGCGUGUGCGGGCUCGGAUGGCGAAGGGCGGCGCGGCGGGGCCGCUGCGGGUGCUGGUGGACAUGGACGGGGUCCUGGCCGACUUCGAGGGCGCGGUGCUGCGGGGGUUCCGCGCCCGCUUCCCGGCGGAGCCGCGCGUGGAGCUGGCGGAGCGCAGGGGCUUCUCGGUGCGGGAGCAGUACCGCAGCGUGCGGGAGGACCUGGCGGCCAAGGUAGCCAGUGUCUAUGAGUCACCUGGCUUCUUCCUAGACUUGGAUCCAGUUCCAGGAGCCCUGGAAGCUGUGCAGGAGAUGCUCCACAUGCAGGACACUGAAGUCUUCAUUUGCACGAGUCCUCUCCGGAAAUAUGAGCACUGCGUCGUGGAGAAGUAUAAGUGGGUAGAGAAACACUUGGGACCCGAGUUUGUGGAGCGGAUUAUUCUGACCCGAGACAAGACCAUGGUGGCUGCUGACCUGCUGUUUGAUGACAAGGACACCAUCCAAGGCGCGGAGCCGAACCCGAGCUGGGAGCACAUCCUGUUCACCUGCUGCCACAACAGGCACGUCCAGCUGCCGGCCCCGCGCCGCCGCCUGCGCUCCUGGGCCGAUGACUGGAGGGCCAUCCUGGAAAGCAAGCGCAGGCACUAGUGCAGGAGGAGGAUGCUGUGCUCUUCCCACUGCCAGGGAGCAACCAGCGCAUCCCCUGCCAUGGCCAGGAGGCACUGUCACUGCGGGGAUCAGCCACAGGGAGAAAUGAGCUGCUCUGUCACACACAGAGCUCUGGCUUUCUGGAAGAUUGCUCUGCACUCAGUUUAUCUCUGUAGUGUUUUGGAUGUUUGCUGUUGGAGAAGAGAAACUAUAAACUACAAGCAGCUGCAGUUGGAAUUUUCUGUGUUUAACCUCACUCUUGUUUGGUUUG